GGGCAGGGUGCGCGUGCGCGGUUUUAAUACUCCGCCCUAAACUGCCAACUCUUCGCGCAAGCGAAGUAGCCUCGCCUUGCCUAGUUUUACGCGUGCGCACUAACGGCCCUGGCCCCGGAAGACCAGACGCCUGCGCAGUCGGAACUACGGUGACAGUCCCCCGGGUGGGGUAUGGGCCAGUCAUGGCGGAGCCUUGGUCUGGGCAGUCCUUGCAGGCUCUUCCGACCACGGUGUUGGGCGCGCUGGGCACCCUGGGCAGCGAGUUCCUGCGGGAGUGGGAGGCGCAGGACAUGCGCGUGACCCUCUUCAAGCUGCUGCUACUCUGGUUGGUGUUAAGUCUCCUGGGCAUCCAGCUGGCGUGGGGGUUCUACGGGAGCACGGUGACAGGGCUGUAUCACCGCCCAGAUCCCCACCCCCAGCCUGCUGCAGCUCUGGAUGUGUUCCUGCCCCCAGGUCUGGGCGGCCAGAACGGAUCCACUCCUGAUGGCUCCACGCAUUUCACUUCGUGGGAAACAACAGCAAAUGAACCUCUCAAAACCCACAGAGAAUAAGGGAAGGCAGCAGAGGGAUCUCCAGGGACAUCACCGGGUCUGCUGGUCCCCACACUGGGUUCUGCUGCUGCCCAGACCCCAGAGACUGCAUGGGGGGAGGGGUUGGGGGCAGGGAGUACCCCAGUGCUUGAAGACCUGGCCCUCCACUGCUCUUGGCCUUGCCUCCAGCAGCUCCAGGCAUUGGGCCAGUAAAGUUUGCCUCUACCCAGAUCUGGGUGCCUUAAGGAGAGAAGACAUGUUCCUCCUCUCUCAGGGGUCAGCUCAGGAGGAGCCUCUGGGUUGGGGAGGCCAACAGUCCAUUUUCUGCCUUGGCUUUUUCCUGUCCCCCUUCCGAUCCGCUGGGAUGUGACCCCAUAGAAAUUUCCUUGAGAAGAAACUUGAGGUUGACCAGCUCUGGGAUUUGUAAGGGAAGUCUGUUUUCUCCUAAGCUCUUGAAUUUGUUUUUGCUUUGUUGGCAGGGAGCCAGGAAAGACUGGCCUAGACAUGGCCUUAUACUCUAUGGUUACUUAGCUGGCCAUUCAAGUGUAAGGCAGGGGGCACUGGCACUACCUGGACGUGGAGGCACUGAACACCCACUUCCCUAGCCCAUCCAGAGCUUUUCAGAGAGGUACUAAGCAGUUAGUGCUGAGUGGCUCUGCCACUUCAUCACUUCUCAUCUUGACCCGGAACCACAAGAGCUUCAUUCUAAGAGGCCACAGGCUCAGCUCGUCCCCACUAGCACCAUCUCAGCCCCCAAGAACCCUCCCUCAACAGCCGGGAAGAACCACAGGCUGGGCAGGCCUGCCACUUACACAGUGGGCCAGGGGAGCUUCCAAAGGUGUGGGAGGCACAUGCCAGUUUCUGAAAGCAGCAUGACCCUAGAACUGCCUCCCUUCCUGAAGGCUGUAUUUCUAUACUUGUUUCUGCUGGACCACCAGCUACCUCAAUAUCCCGCUGCCUGCUUCCUCUAUCCAUCUGGCAGCCUUUGGCUAGGCCACCUUUGCAGCAGAAACACACUGGAAGUAGGACUACACUGAACUUGUGUAUGUGUAUCUACUUUGGAGGUAUCUUCUGGUAGGAUGAUGGUUUUGCAGCCUCAGGCCUACCCACUGACACCACCACACAUAGAAUCAGGGUCUCACAUUUUACCCCAGGUUCAGCUGAGGAUGUGGCUUAUUAAACUUGGAAGUGCA